AUGGCAGCCCGCGAUCGUGGCCGCUCGCCGUCCUCGUCCCUGUCGCCGCUCCCGCCCUCGCCAAAGGCCGACCUGUACGACCCGGCAGCCGACGCCCUCGGCUCGCCCGGCGAGGUCGCCGCAGACGGCCAAGGCUCCGUCAAGGUCGAGGACGACGAGGUCGUCGAGCCGCCGGCCAAGAAGAAGCGCACCCGCAAGCCCAAGGAGCCUGUCGUCUACACCAUCCCCGACGUCGAACGCCUGUCGACCACGUUCAAGGGUCGCCUCGGUUACGCCUGCCUCAACACGAUCCUGCGCAAGCACAAGCCGCCUGUCUUCUGCAGCCGCACGUGCCGCAUCGACACGAUCCUCAAGGAGGACAAGGGCAUGCCGUACCUCAAGGAGCUCGCGCGCCAGAACGUCCUCGACCUCGUCAAGCUCAUCGAGUGGAACGCCGAGCAGUGCGUCCAGUUUUCCCUUCUGUCGUCCGAGAUGGCACCUUUCGCUGCGCACCCCGACUACCAGUACAGCCUCGACUACAUGGAUAAGGAGCUCAAGGCCGUCGGCGAGGUCGCCAAUCGCCUCGGCGUCCGCCUCACGACUCACCCAGGUCAGUUCACGCAGCUCGGCAGCCCUCGCCAAGUCGUCGUCGAGAACGCCUGGCGCGACCUCGAGUAUCACAACGAGAUGAUGGACCGCAUGGGACUCGGCAAGGACAGCGUCAUGAUCAUUCACGGCGGCGGCGUCUUUGGCGACAAGGCUGCGGCACUCGAGCGCUUCAAGAAGAACUACCAGGAGUGCUCGCAAGGCGUCAAGAACCGCCUCGUGCUCGAGAACGACGAGAUCUGCUACAACGUCGACGACCUCCUGCCCGUCUGCGAGGAGAUGAACAUCCCGCUCGUCUUUGACUACCAUCACGACUCGCUCUUCCCCUCGUCUCAGACGCCGGCAGAGCUCCUGCCGCGCAUGCUCGCGACGUGGGAGCGCAAGGGCAUCCGCCCCAAGUUCCACCUGUCCGAGCCGAGGCGCGGCGCCGAGACGCUCAUGGAGAAGCGCGCACACGCCGAUCGCUGCCAGCGUCUGCCCGACGCGCUCCCCGACGACAUUGACCUCAUGAUCGAGGCCAAGGACAAGGAGCAGGCCGUGUUCCACUUGUACCGCAUCUACGGCCUCGCGCCGACUAUCCACGAUGACCUGCGUCCGCCUGCCGAGGUCGAGACGAAGCAGACGGCCGGCCGCAAGUCGCACAAGGCCAAGAAGCCCAAGAAGGAGGAGGCCGACACGGACGCGACGGCGUCGGCCGAGGGCGAGACGGCUACGGCGACCGACGGUACGGUCGAGCUGUCGGCCGAGGAGGGCGACGCGGUCGUUGGUGCGCUCGACAAGGGCGUCAUGCCGCUGCCCGAGGGCAAGAACGCCGAGGGCCAGGCCGUCGACCCGCCGCUCAAAGGUGGCGCCAAGAAGUCGACGACCCCCAAGAAGCGCACGCCGAGGAAGAAGAAGGCGACGACGCCCGUCAAGGUCGAGGCGAACGACGAUGUCGAGGCCGACGCCGACGCCGAGGCCACGCCCGUCAAGAAGCGCACGCCGGUCAAGCGCAAGGCCAAGGUCGAGGAGGGCAGCGAGGAGGAGGUUGCGCCCAAGCCCAAGAAGGCGCGCACGCCGAGGAGGGCGGCGCCGGCCAAGGUGGAGGACGACGAGGAGUGAGCCUCGUUAUAGACGUCGAGACGCGCUUGCCCAUUAUCGUUUCGCCUCCUC